GAGAGGAAGGAAGGAAAUGGGGUUCAUCAUGGAGUUUGCUGAGAACUUGAUCCUGAGGAUGAUGGAGGACCCGAAGGAGAGGGACAAGAAAUUCAGGGAGCACGUAUACUCCGUGAAGGAUCGGUGCAAAAAGACCAAGGAGAUGUGGAGCUACCCUCUCCGGCCUUACGGGUUUUGGACAUUCGAGCGCCACAAUUCCCAGCUCUUCUGGGAUCCCCAGAUUAGCCAGGCUCCGGGCCGGAGGGACCCCUACGACGACCUCCUGCAGGACGGGUUCGAGCCGCCCAAGUGAAACCCGGAAGCAGGUCUGUCGCUCAAGUUCGGUUUUUCUCGGCCGAAUAAACUGUUGAAGGGUUGUCAGUCGUUCGCGUGGUACUAAACUGGUUAUGUCUUAGUGUGUUUGACUCGGUUCGCAGCUUCUAUGUCUAUUGGCUCUGCCUUCUCUGGCAUUUGGUUUUGAGGUGGAGGUCGUGUCGUAUCUGUUUAGAACGAUAUCUGAGAUUACUUGAUGAGUUCCAAAAGUUGAAGCUUAAUAAGUACCUUUUAGGUAGUAAUGUGCAAUAUUGAAUUGUGAAAUGAAUGGUUGGUUUCCCGAGUUCGGCUUUUGUUGAAAUAAAGGCUGAAGGGUUACCGGUGAAAUCAUAUGGAACUGAUUUUGUCA